AUGGGUGCACUCACAGCCAGCGCGUGCACAAUUUUCGAGUUGAACGACUCGGGGUUUGCAGCCAACGCGGUGCACCUGUUGCACAUGGAACCCAUGUUUGGAGGCGGCAACAAUGGCACCCUCUUUGUGGAUGCCACCAAGUUUGCCUACAAAUGCUCGGAAGGCGGCGGGUGGCACGAUUUCUUCAGGGUGGAGGACGUGUUAGUUCCCUGGUCCAAGGGGCGCGAGUUAAUAGAAGGGGUCACGUGCCGAAGAAUGGGGUUCCAGGACAUUGAUGUCCUCCUCGACCGGCGCUUCUCUUUCAGCUGGAAUGAUGUUGAUGCCAUGGGCGCCCACAAGCUGUGGAGGCCGCAGGAGUGGGUGCGAGCGCGGAUGGACUACAAGCUGAGGGCGCUGGCAACCUACCCUCAGCCGACGGUGGGUUUCCACAUCAGAGGGGGCGACAAGGGUGAGGAAGACGUUCUGCAGAAGCGAAAAACGACGGAGCCGGCUGAUUUCAUCAAGGCGACUCUGCGGGCAUGGCCCGGCCUGAAGGUGGGCACGUGUAUAAUGGUGGGCGAUGACUUUGACCGCAUCCGGGAGGCUGAGCAGCUGGCGCGCAAGCACCUGGGCUGCCAGAUCUUCCGCAGCGUUCCCUACUUCCGGCGCGAGGGCCACGUGCAGUACCACUUCAACAUGCAGGGGUUCGAGGAGCGAUGCACAGGGACAGUGGAUUUUCUGACGGAUAUAGAGCUGUUGGCGCGCGCGGAUUAUGCCGCGCUGACUUUCAACAGCGGCCUGGCACAUCUGGUGGACGUCCUGCGAGUCUCCCUGUACGGAAAGCACCGCUCGACCUUUGUCGACGCUUCCUACGCGAGGCGCGCACCCCGGCAAGACUGGUGGGAGCCAAUAAGGCGGCAUUUACGGGAGGCGCGGCGCAAGCUACGCCCCCGGCGAGUGAUGAGGCGGAAACAACCGCUCUAA